AUGAGUGAAUACGUUCAAUUACCUACGCCUCCGGACCUAGAUGUGGUGUCGUCUCUACAAUUCUCUAAUGUCGAUAACCAAUUGUCCGUGGCUUCGUGGGACCAAUCUUUGUUACUUUAUGAUGUAACCAAUACCCCCAGAUUACUCAAUACUUUCAAAUCCGAAACACCAAUACUUAGUAUAAACUAUGGAUUGAACUCUAACGCGACAUAUUUAGGUGGGUUGGAUGGUUCUAUACGGCAUAUUGACUAUGAAAAUAUGAAAAUCUCUACUGAUAAUGCAACAAGAACAUCAUCAGAAGGGAUUUCUCAAGGUAUUAAUAAUUUAAAGAACAUUAAAAAUAAAGAUAAUUUGAUAGUAUCAACGUCUUUUGAUGGUACAGUUCAAUACAUCGAUACCAGAAUAUAUAAACCAGUUCAUACGAAAACCUUGGAUGAUAAAAUAUUCAAAAUCGACACUACAAGUUUGAAUACCGUUAUUGGUAUGGCAAAUCGGAAAAUUGAAGUUUAUGAUAUAAGAAAUUGGGAUCAGCCUUUCCAAAUUCGUGAAAGUGGAUUGAAAUAUCAAAUCAGGGACUUGAAAUGCUUCCCCAAUGAACAAGGUUACGCCUUGUCCUCUAUCGAUGGCAGAGUAUCGAUGGAAUACUUUGAUAAUGCUCCGGAAGUUCAAGCUCAAAAAUUCGCCUUUAAAUGUCACAGACAAUCAAAUAAACAAACAAAAGAAGAUAUGGUCUACCCAGUGAACUCUCUUCUCUUCCAUCCAACGGGUAACACUCUUUUCACCGCUGGGUCCGAUGGGUAUGUUUGUCUUUGGAAUUUAGAAAGAAGAAGAAGAAUGAAACAAUACCAAAAUUUACAACAACCAGUCACUUUUCUAGACUUGAAUUACAAUAACCAACUCCUAGUAUUGUCUACAAGCGAUGAUAAUUUUAAAAAUAAACUGGAUUUGGCUACGAAAUUACCUUCAAAAUCUUCAAAAAUUUGGUUGAAACUCAAAGAAAACUAA